AUGCCGAAGAUUCAAAUGGCUGUCCGCAAUUUUGCUUCGGAUGGCCUUGAUGUUUGGCUAGUCUGGUGUUUCGAGCAUUGCUUGAAGCGCGAGCAUGAGCAGGUACAGAAAGAGUUGAUGCAUCUUGCGACUUCACUUGGUGUCAAAUUCGUUUGUCACAAGAAAGCUGCGGGCUUUCUCAGCUGGUUGGAUGGCAGGGCGGGUACCAUGCUCAUCAUCGCAGACUGGCGGGAGACAAAGCCCAUCGUUAAGAAGCUCAGUGAAAGGAGCAACCGUUGCAUCCUCCGCAUGUGCGUCGUUGGACGCUCAGAAAAGAUGCUCCGCAACGCGUCCCUCUUUGCCGGUAGGCAGAGCACAGGAGCGGAGAUUUUGGUGACAUCUUCCUUCUCAUGUGAGAGCGUGGAGGAGUUCAUCCGAUCUUACGUGCAAGCCGCACGUGAGACAACGAAAUGCGCGGAGAUCAAGCUGAUGUCGUUGCCCUUGCAGACCAAGCCCAUUGAGACACUUCCUUGGUUGUCUCUACCCGGUCUCCUCGAGUCCAUCCAGGACCCCGAGACGGCUGGGAUGCUCGAGCAGCUCAUUCGACAGACCAUGUGGCAAGUCUAUGAGGACUGA